ACAAAAAUGUUACGUGGAAUUUUUUUGUUAGAAUGUGUAGCAUUUGAAGUACAUCAGUGGAGUUACAACUACAUGUAAGACGCUGGGUUUGUAAAAGUUUAAAUGGAAUACUUAGUUCCCGUAGAUGCCAAUAAUGAUACUCCGUUGAGCGAUGUAGACGAAAAUGAUAGAUUAGUAGGAAACAAUCGGAAAGCAACUUACAAAGUAGCUUCUGCACAAGCUGGGUUUGGAAGGUGGCAUUACCUUCUUUUAUUACAAUGUGGAUGGGCGAAUGCAAGUGAUGCAAUUGAAAUCAUGUGCAUUUCAUUCACUAUCUCAUCAGUGCAUGCUUCACUUAAACUUUCAAACUCAAGUUUAACUUGGUUGACUAUAGUACUGUUCCUAGGCAUGAUGAUUGGAGGAUAUCUGUGGGGAACAUUAGCAGAUUAUUGGGGUAGGAGAAGGGUUGUGAUAUUCUCAUUAGCUCUAAAUGGAAUAUUUGGUACGUUCUCAGCUAUUGCACCAAACUAUGGAGUAUUGCUUACACUGAGAUUUAUAAGCGGCAUUGGUGCUGGUGGUUCGCUCCCCGUUUGUUUCUCAUACUUUAGUGAGUUUCAACCAAGAGAUAAACGUGGCAUGAUGAUCAGUGCUCUUGCUACUUCAUGGAUGGUUGGAAAUGUCAUUGCUGCAGGUCUUGCAUGGGGAUUGCUUCCGUAUUCAGCUUCAAUAUCAGCAUACUCUCCUAAUGGUGAUCAGUGGAGGUUGUUUAUAAUAAUUUGUGCAAUACCCAGCCUUACAUCAUCUGUGUUCUUCUUCUUCAUGCCAGAGAGCCCACUCUACCUUUAUAGAAGAGGAGAUUUUCAAAAAUCUUUAGCGGUUUUAAAAAUUGUGAACAAAUUUAAUCACCCAGGAACCCCACUACAGUUUGACACCAUAGUUCCCGAUGACGAUUGCCCAACCACAUCAAGAAUCAAGGGUUCACGUUCCGGUUCAACUUCUUUUUGGUUUGUAACGCAUACAAAGUUUUACAGGUUGAGUAGUUGUCCAAGAAGAUGUUUAUAUUGGCUUGUGUCUGGUUUGUAUGCCAUGAAGGUACAGUUGGCAAUCUUCUUUGGCUCAGACAGAAACACUCGUAAAAAGUCAGUUCUUAUGAUGAGUAUCUACUUUGCUACUGCUUUUAGUGGAUAUGGAAUUACGAUGUGGUUGCCAACUUUGAUGGCACGAACAGAGCAGAAUGCAGGUUCCCCAUGUAGUGGCCAUAUUGUGUUAAACAAAUCAUCUACAAGUGUUAAUGAUUCUGAGAUGUACAUUGAUGUAUUUAUCGGUGCCACUGCACAACUACCAGCCAAUAUUGCAAGUAUAUUGGUUAUGGAUAGAGUUGGAGGAAAAGUGAUUUUAGUGUUUUCAAUGUUCAUGAGUGGUGUAAGUGUCCUAUUAUUCUGGCUUGUCCACAAUAAAUUGCAGGUUAUAAUCAUGUCAGCUAUAUUUAAUGGAGUUUCAACUCUUGCAUGGAAUGCACUGGAUGUUUUAACACCUGAAAUGUACGAGACCGCAGUUCGGGCUUCUUCUACAGGAAUAUUAACAGCUUUAUCAAGAAUAGCAUCAAUUCUUGGAAACUUAACAUUUGGUCUCUUCAUGGACUACAAUUGCAGUAUACCUAUUUUAAUCUGUGCAGCUGUGUUUUUAUUAGGCGGUGUUUUGUCUAUAUUUUUGCCGCAAACCAGAAACAUAGAACUAGAUUAGUAGUCUAGUGGAUGGCUAGAUGCUAUUGGUAAAGAUUUGAAACUUAUAUUUUAAGGUUUACAUUUUAUUCAAAGAUUCAUUCAUAUAAACACUUACACAUACAUUCCA